AUGGUUGAUGCAACUAUUGGUCAUGAAGCAUUAUCAUUCAUGGAUGGCUCAUCAGGAUACAACCAAAUUCGAAUGGCACCCGAAGAUGAAGAGCUCACCGCUUUUCGAACUCCAAAGGGGAUCUACUGUUAUAAGGUGAUGCCUUUUGGGCUCAAGAAUGCUGGCGCUACAUAUCAACGGGCAAUGCAGCGAAUUUUCGAUGACAUACUCCACAAAAUUGUGCAAUGUUAUGUUGACGAUUUAGUUGUUAAGACAAAGAAAAGAGGGGAUCAUUUACGGGACUUGCGCAUCGUAUUUAAUCAACUAAGGAAAUAUCAACUCAAAAUGAAUCCUCUCAAAUGCGCGUUUGGCGUCACGUCUGGGAAGUUUCUAGGCUUUAUUGUUCGACAUCGAGGUAUUGAAGUGGACCAAUCUAAAAUAGAUGCUAUCCAAAGGAUGCCCGAACCAAAGAACCUGCGAGAACUUCGAAGCUUACAAGGCCAUCUUGCAUACAUUCGACGUUUCAUAUCGAAUCUAGCAGGACGGUGUCAACCAUUCAGUCGAUUGAUGAGGAAAGGUGCCACCUUUGAAUGGGAUGAGGCUUGCAGGAAUGCAUUUGAGAACAUUAAAAGGUAUUUGCUUAAUCCACCUGUCUUAGGAGUGCCUAUGCCAGGAAAACCUCUAGUGCUCUACAUUGCUGCACAAGAACAAUCACUUGGGGCCCUCUUAGCUCAGAAAAAUGAAGAAGAGAAAGAGAAAGCAUUGUAUUACCUUAGUCGAAAGCUAACUGGGGCAGAAUUGAGGUAUUCUCCAAUAGAGAAGAUGUGUCUUGUGCUUUUCUUCUCCGUUCAAAAAUUAAGGCAUUACAUGCAAGCACACGUAAUACACUUGGUUGCAAAGAUAGAUCCAGUAAAAUAUGUCUUGUUUAGGGCAAUCAUGUCUGGUCGGUUGGCAAAAUGGGCUGUGGCCUUUCAAGAGUUUGAAAUCAUGUAUGUGCCCCAAAAAGCCAUCAAAGGGCAAGCACUAGCAAAUUUCCUUGCCGAUCAUCCUAUUCCUGCCGAUUGGGAGCUCUCAGAUGACUUUCCAGAUGAAGAUGUAUUGUACACUGAAGUCCUCCCACCUUGGAUGAUGUUCUUCGAUGUGGCCGCGCGACGAGAAGAAUCUGGUGCUGGAGUUGUUUUUGUUUCGCCACAGAAACAAGUGUUACCAUUCGCCUUCGUGCUUAGUGAAUCAUGUUCAAACAACGUUGCUGAGUAUCAAGCCCUUAUUGCCGGCCUCCAAAUGGCCCUUGAUAUGAAGAUCUCAUACUUAGAAGUCUACGGCGAUUCCAAGUUGGUAAUCAAUCAACUUUUGACACACUAUGAAGUGAAACAUGAAGGGUUGAUUCCUUACUUCCAGAUGGCUACGCGACUAAUUGAGAAGUUCGACGAAGUUUCCUUGGAGCAUAUCCCCAGAAACGAGAAUAGGAUGGCAGAUGCUCUAGCUAACCUAGCCACCACAUUGGCUCUGUCGGAGGGUGAAAAGGCAAAUGUCCCUGUUUGCAACCGUUGGGUGCUCUCUCACACGGAAGAAUACGCGAGUGCAACGAACGCCAUAUCCAUAUCUAUAGUGGAGGAUGAGGAUUGGCGCCAACCUUUAAUUGAUUACUUGGAACAUGGUAAGCUACCUGAAGAUUCCCACCACAAGACUGAGGUACGGCGGAGGGCGCCUCGUUUCAUACACUACAAGGGCACAUUGUACAGGAGAUUUUUUGACGGUCUAUUCUUACGAUGUCUUGGCAAGGAAGAAGGUGAUCAAGCCAUGGAAAAAGCUCAUUCGGGAGUAUGUGGUGCCCAUCAGUCUGGCCCCAAAUCGUAUCAUCGGAUAAAACGAAUGGGUUAUUAUUGGCCCACUAUGGUCAAAGAUUGUAUGGACUAUGCAAAGACAUGUGAAGCAUGCCAACUCCAUGCGAACUACAUCCAUCAGCCACCGGAGCCCCUGCACCCUACGGUCGCAUCCUGGCCUUUUGAUGCAUGGGGACUCGAUGUUGUAGGGCCAUUGCCUAAGUCAUCAGGGGGUCACCUGUACAUAUUAGCUGCGACCGACUAUUUUUCUAAAUGGGCGGAAGUCGUACCCCUCAGGGAAGUAAAAAAGGAAAAUGUUGUGAACUUCAUCCGGACCCAUUUGAUCUAUCGGUAUGGUGUCCCUCGCUAUAUCAUCACGGAUAACGGUAAGCCAUUCUACAAUAGUUUGGUGACCCAACUAUGCGAGAAGUUCGAGUUCAAGCAAUACAAGUCGUCCAUGUAUAACGCGCCGGCCAACGGUCUUGCUGAGGCUUUCAAUAAGACGCUUUGCAAUUUGUUGAAAAAGGUAGUAGAGCGCUUGAAGAAGGAUUGGCAUGAAAAGAUUGGAGAAGCUUUAUGGGCGUACCGGACAACAUAUAGGACACCCACGCAGGCCACUCCAUAUUCGUUAGUAUAUGGUGUCGAAGCAGUCCUACCUUUGGAGCGACAAAUUCCAUCACUUCGAAUUGCCAUCCAAGAAGGGCUCACAAAUGAAGAAAAUGCGCGAUUAAGACUUGAAGAGUUGGAAGCACUUGAUGAAAAGAGAUUGGAAGCUCAACAACGUCUUGAAUGUUACCAAGCGCGGCUUUCGCGAGCAUUCAACAAGAGAGUACGACCUUGA